AUGAUCUCGAUGACGACAUCGACGACCCUUUCACUCUGCCUCCACCGCUGUCUCCUCACCCCGAUCUGGAGCAAACUCAACCUUCCACCAGGAAAGCUGCCCUCAUACAAAAUCCAAGAAGAAGCUGCAAAGGAUUGGCCCAAAACUCGAAUCUCAAACUACACUUGGGGUAAGGAGCUUGGUAAUGUGGUACCUCCGAAAAUCUUGGACGAGUUGAGAGCUAUUCAAAAGCUUUAUCAUCAUCCCAAGUUAAUGCUGGCGAUGAUGGGAAAUGUCUCUAUAUUUACUGUCAACAAAGCAAUCGGGGAGCUUGACAAGAAACGAAAACAGGAUGGCUUUCAUUUAUGGUUGAGCUAUGGUAUUGAUGCUCUGAAGUAUAAAACAGAGAUUGGUGCACUUGGUCAGCGAAAUAAAGACCUAGCAAAAAUGUGGAAGGCUUACCCAGUCGAGCGGCCGGCAGUUUUUGAUCCUUCUAUAUUCUACGACUUAUCAGGCCUACCUCGACCUCCACCGAAAUCUGGAGACCAAGCUGAUGGUGAUGAAGACAAAUUGAGUAGCAGCUUAACUCCUGAGGAAAGAGAAGAAAUGCAGAGUUUAUAUGACGAGAUGGUAUGUGUUGAAAAAGUGGCAAGUGUUUAUGCCAAAGUGGCUGCUGGGAAUCCAACGGGUGAUUUGCUUCCUGAAUUCAAUCGAAAGUCACUCAAACGUGUUAACCAGUUACAUGACCAAAUCCACAACGAGUCCAACAAUAUGCAAUUUGUGUACUAUUUUCUUGCAGCUGGUACUCACGCGGCCUCCGAUGGAAAAUCAGCAGAACCGGCAUGGUGCCGGGAAUACACCUCUCACGAUGAAAUGGCCGACUACGCCAAGGAUAAGGCUAAUUUCCCUGAAAUAUUUGCAACUCAUGUGCAAGGCCUAUUGAUUAGUGAGGUGGUUUCAAGACAUAAUGGAAAAAAUAGCAAGGCUGUCCCAAAGACAAUCACACCUACUGACUGUGUCAAGGGAGAAUUAUCUGCUUCUUUGCGUGCGGAACUGAAACGGUUGCUCAAUGCCAGUCCUACUAAAGGAUUCCCUCGUGGGCCGAACCCUCACAAUCUUCUCAAAAAAAGGUAUCCAAACUUCAGGAUUGUUCAGCAUCCUGGGUCAAAGCUUACACCUGGAGUAUUGAAUUUAGGCUUCAGGGGUAUGAACAGCAAAAGAGAUCUUUGGCUUGAUGAUAUGAAUAAUGGUAAAUUUGUGUUACAGAAAGUGUCUGAUGAGAAAAUCGAAGAAGAUAAGGAUAGUGGAGCGGAUAGUGAAGAGGAGUGGGGUGGAUUGGGUGAUUUCUAA